GUAACCCGUGACCCGGUAGAAAUAUUAAUCCUUCCUCCUCGAUCGAUCCCCGAGUUUCGACCGCUCGCCCCGAAGAUGGCGCCAAGUGAUAAAAUAACGUGGAUUAAAUAACAAUCAACAUGGCGUACGUCCUGUGGCGGGUCUUCAUGAAGAAGUACUCCAAGGUGCGGCUGGGCAUCAGGAAUCUACCGGUGAUACCGGCGGAUCGGCGGGUCCCCGAUAAGGAGGAGACCUGGACCCUGGCCUCGGAAGUGCGGGAGGGCUGCGAGGACGAAGACAAGGACAAGGACAGGGACCCCGAGGUCCCGAGACCCCCGAAAGAAGGGGAGAGGAGCUCGAGCCAGUCCCGCGUGGAUGGUAACCAGGACUCCGUCGAGCCAAACCUCCCCAGGAGUCACGAGACCCGGAAGAGCAAGACCAAACGCGUGAAGAACUACCUGAAGAAGUGCAAGGGCGCCCUGACGAGGGCCGACGACAGCUUGGAGAGGAAACAGAGGGACGAGGGCAGCUCCUGGUAUCUGGAGGACCAGAAGGACUCGCGGCACCUCCGGGACCUCGAGGUCGAGGACCAGGUCCCUGUCGACGUCCUGGAUAGGCGAGAGGACCAGAAGGGGAGCAGGACUUCCCUCUACGAGGACGCCAGCGAUCUCUCCCCGGAUGCUGGGACCAAGUUCCAAGAAGAUGAACCUCCAGGACUCAGUCCUGCUACCGACAGGAAGGAGUCCUUGGAGACCCUCACCACCGAGGACUCCAAUCUCAACAAGUUCGACUCCAGUGAUACCCUCAUCGCGGAUGUCCCCGAAGUCCCGGCUCCCAUUUCCGGGGAAGUUAAAAGCCCGGAUAGGCUGCGCCUCCAGGUCGCCGAAGUCCUCGAGGAUGUGGAAGACCUCCAGGGUCCCGAGGGAAACGAGGAUGGUGAAAAGACCCAGGGUGUGCGGGGACCUGCGAUCCCACCUACGCCGGCCGUCGUUGGGGGAAGAGGCGACGUGGCCACCCUGGUGCGCAAUCUGCUGGGACCCCUCUACGGGGAGGGAGUCCUCCACCUGCUGACCAGGCAGGCUCGCGACAUCCUGGUCUGCGCCUACCACGGCAACCUGGACAACUUCCUCAGGUCCUACCUCUCUCCUGCCGCCACCCUCCUCGCGGAAGUCAAACUCACCGCCACCGGAAAUGGCAACGAGUCGGUGGUACCGGAAGGAUGGCCCCUGACGUUAGGGGGUAGCGGGCUGGUCCUGCAGCUGGGAGAGCUGGAGGCCUCGGCACUAAGACUCGGGGAAUGUUACCUGUGCGUCCGCAACGCAGCUGCAACUGCGGCCAGUGAGACGGUGGAGCGGAAUUCCGUCGAGAUAGCCCUGGUGUGGCGAGCCUCGAUGCGGUCCCCAGGGAUCCUCGGCUGGGACCGCGAGGACGAGUACAUGGACUGGCGGGAGCGACAGAAGCCGCCAGCCUACUCGGACGGGUCCAGCACGGAGAGGACCUCGGGACGAGGUCCUCGUCGAAGAGUGCGGGAGGAUCGGUUGGUCGAUCCCGAGACAGGGUCGACCGAGAGGCAGGAAUGCCGGCGAAGCUGCGAGCGAAGGGACUCCCCCAGGUCGGAGGACCCGGAGGAGGACGACGCGGGGUUCGGCGAAGCCACCCCCGUGGAGAAGUCCAGGUCGACGUGCAGCGUCGACGGCCGGAGGAAGAAAACGAGCGGAUGCCCGGACCGACGCUGCCGUCCCCAUACCCGAUCCGGUGCUCAAGGGGAUGCAGCCACCCUGGGCCAGGACAUCUCCUGGACCGAUGGACGCAAAGUGCGCAGAGGUGCCAAAGUGUCCUCUUUGAGCAUGGAGAAGUGGAAGGAGGCCACCAGGUGCGAGCUGAAGAGCCGGUCCCUGGGUCCAGGGGACCUGAAGACGCCCCUGAACCUGGACGACGCUACCGCAGAGGCCUCCUCCGAAGCUGCUGCUGCAGCUUCCAGGGACGAGGACGUUGGUCAUAGCGAAAGACUGCGCAAUCUUCGUCCUGACGAAGUCAACGACGAGGAACUGCCCUGGUACAUCGGCACCCUUCUGGUCACCGUCGAGAGGAUGAUCGAGAGGGUGUCGCUGGACGACCUCACCUUCCCCUGCCCGGCCUGCAGGAACAUCGACACCGAUGAUCCUCUCCUGGGGUGCAAGUGUGCCGGGGACACCUGCGAUUGUGGGAACGAGGCCUGCUACUGCUCCGCUUCCGAAGGUCUCGACUCCUGCAGGAGCUUCGAGGUCGCCGGCAUCAAACACAUCGACAGCGACGACGAGGAGGAGGUGCGCAUGGGAUUCGGCAAGAAGAGGUUAGAGGACAUCGCCGCUCCGCGCACCAUCGACGAGUUCCCCGAGCACGUCCUCACCUGCGGCCUGACGCUUCCUGGGCGAGUCGAUAGCUCCGGCAGGGAAAUCCUCGACUUCCGGUGCAACACUUCCGACCGGAAGAGCCCGACCGUCCGCGAGAUGGCGUCGUAUCUCCUCUACCUCUGCCGUUUACCAAGCCUGGAACGUACCAAAGGAGGAUUUACCCUAUUGGUCCACGGAGAAUCCCCCGAAGACCUGGAGACGUUGGACAAGGUUAUGGUGCUCCUCCAGGGUCGCGUAAGGAUAACCCAGAUCCUGCUCCUGCGAAAUCCCAUGCCGGAAGCGUCGACAGAUCAACUUUUCCCAAGGAGUCAAAUUAAGCCCAUCAUCGUGGAGGAUGGCGAUCUUGACCAGCACAUCCCCGGAAGUGACCAACCCCACGACCACGUCCACUGGAUCGCAUUCUACAAAGAGUACGACGGCCUCAUGACAGAGUGGCAGGCUGCAGGACGCAGGUUGGCCCUGGAAAUGUCCGAACUAAAAGAGUGCUCGAACCUCUCGGGAACUCUGACUCCUCUCAACCGACUCCUGGAGGACCCCACGUUGAGAAGAACGUCCAGAGACGCCGACGAGGCCAUCGCCACCCUCGAGGACCGCGCCGCGACGCUCCUCCACCUCGAGCACGUCAGGAUCUCUGUGGAACGCGCGCGCCGACUGGUGGAGGAAGUCGGAAAUGCCGCUACGAGGUUAGAAUCGUCAUUCGAGUCGCGCAGAGCGACCAUUCGGAACCUCGCCGUAUUGCGAAGCAUCGAGGACCAGGCGCACGAGGUCCUCUCCUGGUUGUGCAAAAAGGGCGAAGACAUCCUUUCCAAACAUGGCCAACACACAGCAACCACAUUGACCACUGCCAGACUUCACGAGAGGGAAUUCGAGAAGUUCUACUUCACGUCCAUGAGACACCUGGACAAAGGAAGCGACCUAGCGGAGGCAGCGAGCGCGAGGGGUCUUCGGGAACUGGCGAGGUCCUUGAAGCAGCAUCUCCGAGGAUUCGGAUCCCGACUGGAAGACAGGCGCGAGUACCUGGAGGAUACCUCGAGAUGUUGCCUCCUGCAGGACCGGGCCUACGAAUGGGCCCAGGAGGCGGGAAUGGCUGGCGAGCGUCGGGCCCAGCAGUUCCUUAUGGCGAGGCCCCCGUUGCCUCCGGAGCACUUCAUGGAGAUGAUGGCCCUCGCCGAGAAACUCGGCAACGAGGUCCUCCUGGAGCAGUGCAGGAUCGCCAGGAGCAAGUGCACAGAGGCCCUGGAGAUGGCCAGGAGCUGCUCCGCUCCUGGAAGUCCUGCCAGGAGGAGGUCCUUCGCCGUUGCGGAGUCGCCGACGUCCUGGGAUGAUUCCUUGUCCAAGAGAACUUCCUGGGACGAGAGCGACAGCGCCUCCUACGCCUGCCCCCUGGAGAGCGUAGGAUCCGGGAGCAGCGGCCGACCCAUCCUGGACAACAUCGCCGAGCUGCGUGAAAGCGCCGAACAACUCCUGGACUGCUCGCCACCGCGAACACCACCCAGGAGUCCGGCACCUCGGAGGCUGGUCAAGCCUCCGGUCAACAGCCACCUCCACAGGGCACCUAGCAUCGCGCCAGGGAUGAAAGCUAAGAAGACGAUCCUGCUCAUCAUGAGGGAGAUGAUCCAGACUGAACGGGAUUAUGUCAAGUCCCUAGAGUACAUAAUAGAGAACUACAUCCCGGAACUGGUGCGGGAGGACAUCCCCCAGGCCUUAAGGGGACAGCGGAACGUGAUCUUCGGCAACGUCGAGAAGAUCUACGAGUUCCAUAGUCAACACUUCUUGCACGAGCUGGAGCAAUGUGAACAGUCGCCCAUGAUGGUCGGCCAGUGUUUCCUGCGACACGAGAAGAAGUUCUACUUGUACGCCCUGUACAACAAGAACAAGCCCAACUCGGACUCCUUGAUGGCGGAGUACGGGACUUCCUUCUUCAAGGCGAAGCAGCUGGAGUUGGGCGACAAGAUGGACCUGGCCAGUUACCUCCUGAAGCCGGUCCAGAGGAUGGGCAAGUACGCCCUGCUCCUUCAGCAGCUGGUGAAGGCCGGGACCGACCUGUCCGACCAACUGGCCAGCAAGGACGAGAAGGAGGAUAAGGAGGACUGCUCGAAGCCCACCGUAGAAGGGGAAGUCGACCUGAUAAAGGCAGAGCAAAUGGUGCGCUUCCAGCUUCGCCAUGGGAACGACUUGUUGGCGAUGGACUCCCUCCGGGACUGCGACGUGAACGUGAAGGAGCAAGGCAGGUUACUCAGGCAGAGCGAGUUCCUGGUCUGGCAGGGUAAAGGGAAGAAGUGCCUCCGGCAAGUCUUCCUCUUCGAGGACCUCAUCCUCUUCAGCAAAGCCCGGAGGUUCCCGGAUAGAAAGAACCUGGACAUCUACAUCUACAAGCACAGCAUAAAGACAACGGACAUCGGCCUGACGGCCGUCAUCGCGGACUCGCCGACCAAGUUCGAGAUCUGGUUCCGCAAAAGGAAACCGGGCGACACCUACACCUUGCAGUGCGCCACCGAGGAGAUCAAGAAGACCUGGACCGAGGAGCUGAGCAGACUCCUUUGGAAGCAGGCGCUGCGAAACAGAGAAGUGCGCCUGGCGGAGAUGUCGAGCAUGGGGAUUGGGAACAAACCAUGUCUGGACAUCAGGCCCAGCGCGGACCAGAUCAACGACCGGUCCAUCAGCGUGGCCCAGCUCUCCAAGACACCGAGGUUCAGGAACUCCAUCGCAGUGUCCGUGUCCGAGGAGUCGAGUCGCUGCAGUAGAAGGCCCCACAGCGUCAUCUCCGUGAGUUCCUCUUCCAGCAGCGGAGGCAGCAGUGGUCCACCCACGACCCUCCACCUGGGCCUGGACAAUAGUCCUCGACCCCAUCAUCGCAGCACUACCCUGAACAGCCAGUGUAGCGUAGAGAGCGGCAUCAUCGCGGACAUCUCCAUAGUCUCUGAUGAUGGGGGUGACGGAGCUGACAGAAGUCACUGGAACUCCACCCUUGAGAGUCCUACGAUGGCAUUACCAGCUUCGUCUACGCCAUUGCAAUCACCCACCUCGACAAGUUCUCCAUCGGACCCCAGCAUCGGUCAAUAUGACCAGGACAUGUCCAUCAAUCUGUGAGAUAAAGGUGCCGGUGUCGUUCUUGAAGAUACCAGGGACAUCUAUCAGGAUUAGGAUGUCUGGCGAAGCCAGACCAUUCGUCCACUUGUGUUGGAACGAGGGAACACAUUUGAUGACGUACAAUGUAGGCAUGUCGAGGCUUCGGAAGAACUUCCUUGGAUGUGGACGCACCUAGCCAUGAAGCUAUUAGUGCUAACACUUCGAUAGAAACAGGGCCAGAGGUUUUCCAUGACGUUCCUCGACUGCUUACGGUAGUCCAAGUAAACCCAGAACUACUGGAUAAAAAUAGUAAGCGAUGCUUCGUGUUGAAUCUGGCUGUGAUCGAAGCCACCUGACGGAGGACCCUGAGGGUUCUGAUGGAACACUAGCGUCACAAAGGAUAGCACUGAUGCGAUGACGACUUACUGUGAAUUUCAAUCUGCACUAGAUCUGCUACGAUUCCAUUGACACUGCCCUGUAUGAUAUCGAGAACUACAGCAGAUUUAGUUCCAUCCUCACGUCUUUUUAAAACUGCACCUUUGCUGCGGAAGUUUCUACACAUUGUCCUCGGUUUCAAAUAUCGAAAUCAUCCCACUGUCUGUUGAUUUUCUCACGUCACCUUAGAGUUUUGGGUUUAAGAGUCGAAACUAAUGGUAAUUCUUUAUGGAUUCGUUGAAACACUUAGUGCACGCACGGUUGUCUGAGUAAAAAAUUCUAGAAGUAACAGAGGCUUGCGAUCACACGAUCACUUGAAAUCGUGAAUGUUAAUUCGUGAUCGCAAGGGCUCGGCAAGGAAAAGAGAACUAUUGCCGUCACUGCGAGUGUAUGCAGUGCCAUAAGGCAAAUAGCUGAAACCCCGACAGCAACUUAUGACAAACCGAACGUGCUAAUCGGGCAAAAAUUCCAUCCAAUGGAUAACCUCUUCGCCGAUAUCUAACUCUUGAGAAUCUUCACAUUAACAUGAUUUAACGGAAUAACAGGAACAGUCACAGUCUUCAACUAGAUACCCAUUCUUUCUUACGCACUUCUUCCUACAUCGUUCCCACUUGUGCACACUCAAGAAAUGAAACUGCGUAAGGUUAUUGCGCAGAGGUUAGGAAAGAUAAUUCACUUAGUUCUAACGGAUUCAAUUCCGCCUGUUUGCAGGACGUGUAAAUACUCUUCAGGAAACAGCAACUACAUUUAUUUCCUCUCACAUUCCUGAUCGAAUAGAUAAAAAUCUAUUUCUUUCGUCCCCGCGUACGACGGUCACCUAACCUAAGAGUUUUCGAACAGACCGUCGUACUUGGCGCGAAAUUCAACCGCGUCCUGACAUCAACAGUCUCUUUAACAUAAUUUAGUUCUAGUGCCUACUUUUAACUCUUCAAACCCUAAACCGCUGUUAAUGUCGAGGCUUGGAUUUUUAAUUACAUGCUUUCGUUCAGGAAUGUCCACCGACACGCACACAUACAUACCACACUGUAUCAUAAUGUAAUGUUAAAACAGUUUCUACGACGUAGCCACAAAAUAAUAUAACCAAUACAUAGAUUAUAUAUAUAUUAUAUAUAUUAUAUAUAUAAAUAUAUAUAUAUUAUUUCCAGAUAACUGUAUCUCGAAUAUACGAUAUUCUUCUUACGCCAGUCAUUUGUACAAUCUUUGAUUACCCGUAGAUAGGUAUGUCGUGCUAACUCUGGCCUGUACGCAGAAGCCAAAUUCUUUUUUCUACUUAUCGAAGUUGCCAUUGGAGCGCAUUUAUCUGUAAAACUUAAAGUGAUAUGAAAGGGUUAUUAUAUGUAAAACGUUUCUCCGAACUGGGUGCAGCGAAUAAUUUGAAACGUGAGGAAAACUUCUACGGACCAUCGCGGUGCUCAUGAAAAUUCAUUAAAAAUUUAAACAUAUGUAUUCUUGGUUCUAGUCUGGGAUAAGUGGACAGUUUUUAUGUUUAUAGAUUCACGCUUUCAUAUCAUCUUAAACGUGGGAGGUGAUACACCUUCCUGGACAUUUAAGCUCGCCUUAAGAAUGUAUGCGUCCUUGGAUGAAGAAUAUUCCUUCUAUAUAUUUCCUGCCGAGGACUGCUCCAAUUCUGUCCAGCCUUUCAGUAAGGUUCAUAUUCCUGAGACCAUGUUAUGGGAAAAUCAACCUUAAGGCAAGAGGAGUCAAAUAGCAGAGCCGAUGCUAUUUGGUCUCUUUUCGUUACGGGGUAACGAUGAUUCUUCUAAUUCUUUUUACUUUCGUUCCGUUAAUUUCUCCUUCUCGCAAAUUAACCACCUAACCGCAAUAAGUGUAGGACUCCGCAAUUCUUGCGCUUCGACUCUUAUUUAAAUCCCUCGAACGUAGUCAUUUUCUUUACGAAGAUCUGUCGGAUCGACCGAGCCAUAUACCAUGGACUACGAGCAACAAUGUUUUGUAUUUAAUGUGAAAAAGUAUACUACAGUACCUAGAAGCGCAGUCUUAAGCUUUAGAGAAUCGCAGAGUGCUUCGGCACAGUUUCUAGACAAUUUCUUUGUACAUGGUCUGAACACAUUCCUUGCACGUUCGUGUAAAAGUUUCAUUUUACGUCGGAAUCAAAAUGCAUCGGUUUUUGAAACACUUCUGUUAGUUUAAAUCAAAACAAGUGACCCGAGAUUAAUAUCAUUUCCAGCCUUUAUACAAAGAAUUCAGAAGUCUCCAUAGAAGCCCAGAAGGAUACGGACGUUCGAUGCUCGAUAAAUAGUAUGUUAGCCAACGGAUGGCGGCGCUGUAAUCAUCU